UGCGGGGUGUAGCAAGAUGGCGGCGACGGCAAACUAGUAUAAGGUGCAGAUGUGAAGGGAGGAGAAGAAAUGCCCCGGGCAAUAUCGGGAAGUCGUUCUAUAAGUCAUGUGUCUAUGUAGUGUGGAAACAGUCAGCUGGGUGUGAGUGAGGUGAUAGUGGGGGCGGCGGCCAUGUUGCUCCUCUCAGGCACAGGGGUGAGUGUCAUCGCUGCUUUGUGGCUCUUGUUAGAUAUCGCCUUCCUCAUAUCUCUGUUCUUCCAUGUGCUGGGGGACUGUGCCCGCCGGAGCUCACCAUUGUGCGCCAUCUUCCAGGAUCUCAUCCGCUAUGGAAAAACUAAGAGCGGCCGGCCUGCAUGGCUGCACUGCUUCGAUCUGCCGAAGAGGUGGUUCUCACACUUUUAUUAUUUGUCUGUUUUCUGGAACGGGGCACUGCUUUGGUUAGUUGUGCAGUCACAGCUGUUUGGAGUAGAAAUACCACAGUGGCUGCAGUCACUACUUCAUUUCUUCAACAAGGAGCCACAACAAAAAAUAUCAGGUGGAGAGGUUUCCACUAUUUUGGCUCUAUCCUUGAUAUGGCUGCACAGCCUGAGAAGACUAGAAGAGUGCCUGUAUGUCAGCAUCUAUUCCAGUGGGGUUAUUCACGUGGCUCAAUAUGGUCUUGGAGUUGCCUACUAUUUUCUUGUCGGGAUAACAUUACUUGAUAAUGCCAACUUGGAUCCAAAAAACAUCACUGUUUCGGACCUUGCUUUUCAAGUUCAUUGGUACCAUAUCAUUGGAUUGGCACUAUACAUCUGGGCAUCAGUACAUCAGCACAGAUGUCAUGUCAUUCUUGCCAAUCUAAGGAAAAAUAAGUCUGGAAAAGUUGUAACCAUGAACCAUGUUAUGCCCAAUGGAGACUGGUUUGAGAGGGUGUCCUGUCCACAUUAUUUUGCAGAGCUGUUGAUAUAUGUAUCUAUCGCUCUUCUGUUUGGAUUGGGUCAUACAUCAUGGUGGCUGGUGGUUAUGUUUGUGUUGUUUAACCAGUCAUUGGCUGCUAUUUUAUGUCACGAAUUCUAUAAUGAGAAGUUUGAUAAUUAUCCUGCUCACAGGAAAGCUUUCAUACCAUAUUUAUUUUAAGGGACCAUAUUAAACUGUUACACUUGCAGACAAGUAUUUAAAGCUGACCUUAGCCCAAACUUGUUUGUCAUGUGUUUCCCAAAAUGUA